CUCUAGAAGAUUUACAGGUUUCACAAUGUUCACUUGUUCCCAGUAGCCUCCGACACUGCUUGUUAGCUUUCUGUCUCCUUUUUAUACAUCUCGAGUCAUGUACGCCGGCAUCAUGCUCUUCGCGAUUGCUCUGCGUGGAUCCUUUGCGAGCGCCGACAAGGACACGUGUGACUUGUACGCCGCCGUCGGACAAAUGGUGGAGCUUCCGUUUAUUUAUAACCAACUGGCCAACACGGACGUGCUGAGCUGGACUCACAACGGCACCAUCAUUUUCAACCGGGAGCAAACCAGAGUGUCCGUCGGGAAACCCGAGGACGUCUCCAAGACCGGAUCGCUCCUGUUGAAGAACCUGAAGCUCUCCAGCGGGGGUUUGUACCAGGCCAUUGUGCGCAAACCCAAUUGGACUCUGGUCAGCGAGUGGACCGGCCGUCUCUGCACUUUGGACAAGGUGUCGCAACCGCGACUCGGUUACCUCUGUGACCUGCAAAUCGGGUUUGUCAAUCUAAGCUGCCACGCGGCCAAUCCUCACGAUUUGUCCUUCUCGUGGUCCGUCAAUGAUAUCGUCUUAUCGGGUGCCACCAAGCAGACUUUGAACGUAUCGCUGGACAGGGAGAAGAGUUUCACGUGUAGGGUAAGGAACAGAUUCAGCACGGAGAAGAGCGACACUGUUCGUCCAGUUUGUAAAAACCCACCGGCGACUUCACCGGCGAUGCCGUCAACUCUGUCUUGCUUGACAUCCAAAACGAUCAUCGCCAUACUGGCGGGAGAAGCAGCGCUGUUUCUUCUUCUGCUCGUCAUCGUCGCCGCGUUGUGUCGUCGGCCAGGACGGGACGAAACGCGCCUUUCGGGGAAAGAAGGUUUCAGAAUGGUUUCCGUAAAACAGCAGAGAUCUGAGCUCAGCAGCCCAGAUUACGAAACCAUGAACCCCGCUGAUGUUGGCGCUCCAGCCUUUCAAGAACCUUCCACCAGAAUUUCCCAUCCGAGUGCUUCGACGCCCGGUGAAAACCUUCCACAGCCUGAGCAAGCUGCUACCAAAGACCCCUCACCUGUGCCAAAACCCAGGACCAAGAACCCACAGACACCAAAUAUGUGACGUUCUUAGAGGGGAAUGAAUCGAUUGCAACUGGACCUUUCUGGUUGUCUUAGAAGAGGUUUUGUCUCUCACCCGAGCAGGCUUGAUCAGGUGAGAUCCGAAACGUCUUUUCAGACAACCAGAAGAGUCCAGAUUGAUGUGUUCUUUGAAUUCAGUUUCGUGGGACAGAAAUUGUCCGCAUGAGUCUGUAAAUUAAGUUUGUAGUCAUGAUGUCAUUGACCAAUGGACGUGGAAGAAAUUUUUCAUCAAGACCUCGAGAAAACGUGUUGUCAUCUCCAUGUUAUAAAUAUUGCUGCACGCCAUGUCGAUGUAAUAAUGUUUAACAUAUGUAUAAUAAAUGCAUCCAUGUGUGUUUUAAUUUCA